UUUUGGUAGCUAUGUACCCAUUUUUUCAUCCUUUGAAAAUUUCGUUGAAUGUGGCAGGCGUAUCGUAAAAAUUCACUGUCGUGGUAUUUUCAUAACGCGCCUAAGAAAGUUUAGCUUUUUAAAAAAAAAUAUAUCUUGCCAACACAUUCGCUGCUGAAUGGAACUAUUAUAGAUAGAUGAAGCCAUGCCUUGUAGCCAAAUGCCAUUGGAGCAGUUGGAGCCAAAGACAGCAGUUGUAGCCAAAGACAUUUAGAGACGUAUCCUAUCGUAUCCUGCGAACGAUCGUAUCCUCCUGAGUUUAAUGUUCGUGUUAAUGUAUAUCAUUUUCCGUUAAAUAGUCAAGUCUGUAGCAGGCGCGUAGAAACCGGGGGGGGGGGGGGGGGGGGGGCGAUCCAGGCGACUGCCCGGCCAUAACAUUUCAUGGCCGGGCAAAGUGAUGGUUUUGCCCGGCCAUUGAAUUAGAUGAACAAGAGGCAUUGUCUUCGUUGCAAUGCUAAGUGGUUUUGUGGGAUUUUCUUGUCUAUGCGUUACUUUAUUCUUAAAAUAAAUUACGACUUUUCGAUAGGUGUACAGACACAAUAAAUACGCAACUGUUCCUGUUUUAUUCUAAAUAUUCACGUUUCACAGUGCUGAUAGCGGAAAUAUUAUUGUGGGAUAUAAGACCAGUAAAUGUUUCCGCUCGUUGCAGUAGCUUACGCUCCGUUUUUGUCCACCCUUGUCUACCUGACCUUCAGACCCUUGCAUUCACCCCGCCUCGUUUUUAUCUAACGGUAACGACCUGACGUGCAGAGCGCUUUCCACAUCAGUUAUCAUUCAACAGCUGUACGUCUUGCUUAAGUCCAAGAAACUUUGUGAGCCGUACUACAGAACUGUUUAAAAUAAACUUAUUUAUCUGAAGUAUCGUGAGUGAGUAGUGCGGAAUGGCAGUCAUGAAAAAAGAAAACAGCAUCAACGGUUGUUGAAGAAAAAGAAUCAACUUUUUCUUCAACAACCGUUCUGCACAGUCCUGCAGUUCAUCACAACCACCGCCUAAAAAGCAGUUCACAUUAGGCUGUAAUGCCUGUGAAGAAUGCUACAAUGAUGGCGCGGAAUUGUAAAAACAGUGUUAAUUGCUCGUGCUCAAAACUUAAAAUCUUGAUGGAUCAUAACUGCGGUAAGUGUUCAAAAAUUGUAAAAAAUGGUAUAUUUUGUGAGAACUGUGAUCUAUGGUACCAUUUUAUAAAAUGCAGUAAUGUGGAUCCUGAAAACAUUCCAAAAGAAGAAUGGAAAUGUCAGAAGUGCACGGCAAAAAAUGGCGGCGUAAUUAGUGAUAAUGAACAAAUGUUUCACGCAAAGAAUAUUUUAACUGAUAGUGUCAUGUUAAGUGAGUUACAAACAGCGAUUACAGAAUUAACGAAGGAAAAUAAAGUGCUUCAAAACACUACAAAGAUGUUGUGUGAAGAAAUCAAAUUAAGAGCAACUAACCAACAUGUAUCUAGCCACGAGAAUAACAAAGAAGUACAAAUGGUCAUUACACAGUUGCGUGAAGAAAACAAAUCAUUACAGGAAAUAAUUAAAUUAUUGCAGCAAGACAUUGAAAAUGUACGAAAUAUAAAUAGGCACACUAAUGAAGAAAACAAUAGUUCAGGUAGUUUUGCGUGGUCAACAGUGGUUAAGGGAAAACUCCGACAUGAUCCUACUCAUCAGAGGAUUGAAAUACCGACAAAUAAUAAAUACAGCAUUUUGCAAACUUCUAACGGAUGCGAACCUGGACAGCAAUAUAGAGCAAGGGGCUGGAAAAAUGUUAUGCAAAGAUCGACCAUAUGUGAAAGUAAUUUGGUAAAUGUAAACAUAAACACCACAGACGCAAAACAGAGAAAUGCCCUGGCCAAAAGGAAGAGAAAAAUAUUGUUAUUCUCGGACAGCCAAGGAAGAGGUUUAGCGGCAGAAGUUAAAUCACAGUGCCAUCAGGACACAGAUGUUUUUGGCAUGGUAAAGCCAAGUGGAUGUUUUGCAGAAGUUACUAAGCAUGCCACAGAAAACUCAAGAAAUCUCACUAAUGAAGACCUUGUUGUGCUGUCUGCAGGAGGAAACGACGUAUAUAAAAACGAAGCUUCAGCAGCAGUGAUUAAAUUGAAACACCUAUUACUAAAUCUUUGCAACACGAGGGUAGCAGUCUGCAACAUACCAAGAAGGCAUGACCUCAAUGAAGAAUCAGUAAUCAAUCGUGAAAUAGAAAUUACAAAUAAGCGAUUACAAAAUUUUCGUUCAAAAUUCCAAUCCGUUUGUGUUAUUGAUGUAUUUAAUUUGCCAAGAGACUGCUUCACCAAACAUGGCUUACAUAUAAACUUAAAAGGUAAAGUACAUGUUGCCAAACAAAUUGUUAGUGUAUUGCAAUCCAAAAACAAUAUAAACAACGUGAUUCCAAUUGGUUAUGAUAUUGGUCCAAAAAACUAAAUUAUAUUAAUGCUCCACCAGCAGAUUGUUUUAUAAACCAAAAUAAUACUCUCCUGUGUAAUGCAUCUUAUGCUAAACUAAACAAUAAAUUCAUUAGUAGACAGAGUAUUUGUGGCAAACUCGCAAUUAUGCAUCAA